AUGGUCAAGGAGAUGAAACGAGAGCGUCUGCGUAAUGAGGGCUGUCAGUUCAGUAGUGAAGUUAUUCCAGGGUUUAGGUACAGUUCAGAGACUGGAAAGCUACCGGUUUCCAAGACACAGGUUCGCCAAAAUAGUACGAAAGAGGAGGUGGCAAAUCGUAUGGGCAAGACAUGCCGCCUACAGGACCCAGCUAGUGUGCCUGUUUGUGGCAAGGGCAACGGCUAG